GUACAGGAAAUAUCGCUUCUUGUUUGUGUUUCUAAACUAUCGGAUAUAGUUCUACGCUGCGAUCCUACAUGGAUUCGAAGAUUUCUGAAAAUAAUGUUUCUCGUCCUUUGCGACGAUCGACUAGACAGUCUUCAAUAAAAGCACUGGGUUAUGAAGCGACACCCAGGGGUCCUUUAAAGAGGGCUAAAGAAGCCCCUGAAAACCCAGUUGUUAACGGUUCUAAAGAAGUGGAGAAUGGCUCAGAGGAUGAAGAGUCCCCUAACAAGAAGAGUCGGCUCAACAGAGGCGAAUCAGUGGGCGACAGUGGUGAUGAAAAUGGAAUGGAAGUCCAGGACUCCCCUGAUGACUUUGAGACAAAGCAAGACCAGGGACAACAAAAAGGACAGGAUUCCUCUUGUGGCAUUCAUCAACCAAAAAUAUGCCAAGGUGCCAUUGGAGAUGUGAAUUUAUCCCCCCGUGUACUGCUUGGCGAACGCUGCCAAUCCAGACAUGCAGUAAAUGAAAAUGCAGAUGGGAUGAGAACCAAGACAGUGAAACCACCAACCAGAGAACCUGCAGCUCCUAUCAAAUCUGCUGUGCAAACCAGAUCUUCACUGUCCAAACAUGACACGACAGCAUCCAAGAUCACCAGCAUGGACGAAUACAAGCACACGAUGAAAGCCAAAGCGAAAAGUGCAGGUAUACACAUUAUUAAUCAACAUGCCCCAAACCAAUAUCCAGCCUCUUGCUCAGCAACGAUACCACGACAACGUUUGAAUAACAAUACAACACAAAAAGAAACCAUUCAGCACAUAAAUCAAGCAGGGAUAAAUAAAACUGCUGUUACUAAAAUGAAGUCUAAAUCUUUCUGUAGCGGAUUGAUGUGUUCUUCAUUGUGUUUGCUUCUGGUGCUACUCUGCUCAGCCGUCUUUUUGGCGUACAUGAAAGUCCCCAUACUCCAAAGGAUUGCAGACAAGGGAGGACGUCUAUACAUGGCUGUAAAGCCAGAAAUUUUUACAAAUCAUUUGUCUAAUCUUGAGUCUCGGUUUCCAAGACAGCGGCCUGAAUUGUGGAAGAGGAGCAAGAUUCACUUGGGGAGGCAUCUCAAGACAGCCCAGCCCACGGAGCCUGUGAGUUUGAUCCUGACUGCAGGCUACAAAGCUGAAAAGACACUGCACUGUCUGGCUGAAGGUUUGGCUUCCUCCUUUUCAUCUGUCUUUAAUGCUUCUGUCCUCCACAUUGAUGGAGCCAGUAAAGCUAAACAGGACAGUGAUGAGGUGAAGCUGGACAUUGACCAGCAGUUGCAAGCAGCCUUCGCAGGAGACCAACCUGUGGCGGUCAUUCAUCGCCUUGAAGAGUUGCCUCCGGGUUCCACACUUAUUUUUUACCGCUACUGUGACCAUGAGAAUGCUGCCUUUAAGCGGGUGUUUUUGUUGUUUACUGUUUUACUUCCACAAGAUGAGGUGAGUAGUGAUCAGAGCCUGCAGUCUGUGGAGGAGGUGGUACAAGGCUAUGUUCAAAAGAAACUGGUGGGCUCCAACAGCCAAACAUCCUUCAAUGAGAUGAACAUCGACAAAUUUGGUGGACUGUGGAGUCGCAUUUCACAUCUAAUCUUGCCAGUGGUGUCCGAGGAAGAAAUACAGAGUAAAGGAUGCAAUGGAAACAAACUGGCAUCUUAGAAUAUGAGAAUGAGAAUACAACAGUAGGCCACUCUGAUCCUUGUCAGCACUGUGAAGGAAGAAAAAUACCGUUCCACAGAUGUAAAAUGUUAGACGCUUACACCCAGACGUAAUUGAAGUGGUUUAGAGCUGGUACUGACCUCUCUUUAACUGAUGACAUUGUAAUCCUGCUGCAAUCUUUGAGACAUUUAUUUUUUACUUGUGCUCUUGUACAGGCUCUCAUAAAGUAAAAUAAUGGUGUUGCUCUGUUAUCACACUUUUAAAGUAGAUAAUUAAAUAGAAAUUAUUACACAACUUACAGAAAAUCUACUGAGUGAUCUCUUUGUUUUCUUUCCUCAUCCUGUUUUAUGCUGUAAAUGGAUAUCAGCAUUUCACCACUUUUCAUUUCCGAAGAGUGACGGCUUAUUUCCUUUUUCUACAUAAUGUUUUUAUAGAGGCGUGGGUUAAUGCAUUCAACAGUUUUGUGGACAGAAUUUGAAUGACUUGCACUGAAAUUAUUUUGACUAUUGCUGUUUUUAAUAGAACUUAAUGUAAAUACUGUGUUUUUUUUCUGUGUAUAUCUGUUAUACAGUAGAUUCAGAUUGAAAUAUGUUUUGAUACAGUUACAGCAUUGAAAAUAAAAUAAUUACAAUUUAAAAUUAUCACUAAAUGUGCCUUAAACACACGAGUGGGAAAGAUGAGACUAUAUUUAAAAAUUACAAAACGUUUUUUCUGUUUCCUGUUGACAGGUUUGGUGUUAACAUGAUCAUAUAGCAUCCAUUCUGUUCAUCCGGUUCAUUUCUUUAUAUCUUAUGUCUAAGGAAUUUUGUGUCACCCACAUAAAAACCUGACCAAUUUUAAUAAAGAUUAUUUUAGUGUCAUUA